AUGGAAUUUACAUCUUCUCUUACUUUCCCUGACAAACAGCUCAUAAACCACUUAAUACGAACCGUGGAAUCACCUGUGCAAGACUUCUGCUCAGCUCUAUGCUACAUGGAACCCAAAUGCGUCAGCUAUAACGAAUUAGUGGCCAGCGGAUCUCCAGUAAUCACAAAAUGCGAACUGAAUAAUUCCACACACAAUGAACAUCCUCAGGAUCUCAAGUCCUGGACAAACUGUAGAUAUAAAGGAACAAUGGUGAGUACAUUCUCAUCCUAUUUGUGCUUUUCGUUUAUCCUUGGUUUUGGUGAGUUUUGAUGGUUGGUUGGUAUCCUAUCAUGGCCAAGCGAAUAACAUUACUUGUCAUUUGGUAUAUUAGUAUAUAAAGUUGGCUCAAUCUCGGGUGGUUUAGCUCGUAAAUGUUUCGACGGUAAGUUGUUUCACUGGUAUGUUGUUUGGCUGGUUGCGCAAGGUUUUUUUGCAACUGGUUUGUAUGGUUGACGGGUUGCGUGGCUGGUUGUUUGGUUGAUUUGAUCUCAUGUGACAUUUCAAUUUUCAUUUCAAAGUAUUAUUACCACUUCAAUUAGCAUAUAUCUGCUUUUAAACCUCGUUUUCACACCAGAACACUUGUGGACAGACUCCUUGCCAACAUGAUGGCACCUGUCAGACAGGAUUUACAGACAAAGGUUACAGAUGCCUUUGUCCACCUGAAUACAAGGGCACCAAUUGCGAGGAAAGAAACGGUAGGUAA